GAUGACUAGAGCGCCGUCAGGAGUGGUUACAACUGCGCAGGGCACUUGAGGUGUGCCAUCCGGUUCAUUGUAACAUAAAUCUCUUUUUGAAUUUCCAUUCUGGUGAGUCGCCGGCAGAAGGUGAUGCUGCAGAUUAUUUGUUAUCAUUGGCAUUUCCAUUCGCGUGUAAAGCAAUGUCUACCGACGGAGAAUCAAGAUUUGUAGAGGAUAUCUUUUGGGUAGUCUACUUUGCAAGAUAACACGGGCUGUGUGGCUGUCUGUUAAAGCCUUGUCGCUUUGGCGUGCUGAAGCAUCGUGGAUCGUAUUAUUGUCAGUUAUUUCACGUAGCGAGGCGAUCACCAAUCAAGACCUACACACAGCUACCGUGAACGAAAAUCCACAUUUAUAGCGGAUUUAAAGACAGUUAGGGUGCGCGCCCACCUGUUGCUGGGAUGAAACCCUCGCCAGGCAAUGGGGUGAGCCUCGAGACGCAUCGAGAGGAAUUGCUGUCCAACGGAGGCUGCGGGGUGUCAGACACCGUGACUGCUGUCCAACCUGAAACUGGUCCCGGAUCCCCAAUGACUGACAAACCGAGAGCGGGAGAAACUACAGAUGCCAAAGGAAUCCCUAGGCGGAGUAGUAUUAUCAAGGAUGGGUCUCGUGCUGGUCGUGAGAGGAAGAAGACGGUAUCCUUCAGCAGCAGUCUCUCUGAGAGGAAGAUUAGCAGCGCUGCAGACUGCAUCAGCGCCAUGAUGGAGGGUACUGAGUUUCGGAAGGUGCGCUCCAACUCACGAGUUUACCAACGCUACUACCUGCUGGAGUCAGGUCUGCAGGCCCUGCGAUGGGAGCCCUCCAAGAAGGAGUCAGACAAGGCCUGCAUCGCCGUCCCCUCCAUCAGAGAGGUCCGCACCGGCCGCAACACAGAGACCUUUAGGACCAACGGCGUCUAUGACCAAAUCUCUGAGGACUGUGCCUUCUCUAUCAUCUAUGGAGAGACCUAUGAAGCUCUGGACCUGGUGGCUAACUCUGCAGAGGUGGCCAACGUCUGGGUCACUGGCCUGAGGUAUCUGAUUCUGUAUGGGAAGCAUGCCAUAGACAUGAUGGCCAGCAGUGAGGACAGCCUUCGUCUCGCCUGGCUAGCAGAGACAUUUUCCUCUAUGGUUGUCUCAGAUGGACAGGGUGGAGGAGAGGAGGUGGGGAUCAGUUUGCGGUCGGCUGUAGGUCUGAUCAGGAGUGUUAACCCUGGGGUGAGGAGUGAGAAAGUGGAAGACCGGUUUAAGGAGCUCCAUCGUGUCAAGGAGAGGAUGAAUGGGGCCAGGACAUCUGGAGUUGGAACUGUGGCUGAAGCAAAGGUUGGGGCUUCAGUUGUAGCCGUGAUUGGCUCAGGAGCUGGCGAUGAGGAUAGGGCUCCAGCUGUGACUGAAGCUGAGGAAAGGGAUGGGGGUGAAUCUGGAGCUGGGACUGGAGCAAACGCAGACAACAGAAGAAGAGGGAUAGAGGACAGGGUAACCAAGGAGGAGUUCAUUGAGGUCUUUCACAACCUUUGCACCCGGCCGGAGAUCUACUUCCUGCUGGUGCAGUUCUCCAGCAACAAGGAGUACUUGGAUACCAAGGAUCUAAUGAGGUUCCUGGAGGUUGAGCAGGGCAUGACUCAGGUGACUGAAGACACCAGUCUGGAGCUCAUCCAAUCCCACGAGCCGUCGGAGGAGGGACGUCGCCAAGGUUGCCUCUCAUUGGACGGUUUCACCAGAUAUCUCACCUCCCUGGAGUGCCACCUGUUUGACCCGGAGCACAGCCAGGUGUGCCAGGACAUGAGCCAGCCCUUAUCCCACUACUACAUCAACUCCUCCCACAACACCUACCUCAUCGAGGACCAGUUCAAGGGGCCCGCUGACAUCACUGGCUACAUCCGCGCUUUAAAGAUGGGCUGCAGGUGUGUGGAGGUGGAUGUCUGGGAUGGCCCUAGCGGCGAACCCGUGGUUUAUACCAGUCACACCCUCACCUCGCCCGUCACGUUCCACUGUGUCUUGGAUGUGAUCGGCCGUUUUGCGUUCGAGGCUUCGGAGUUUCCACUGAUCCUGUGUGUGGAGAACCACUGCUCCCCCUGCCAGCAGAGAGUCAUGCUUCAGCACCUGAGGAGGAUACUAGGGGAGAGGUUGUACACGAAGCCCCUCAGGGAAGGGGAGGUGUACCUGCCCUCGCCUAAUGCCCUGAGGGGCAAGAUCCUGUUGAAGGGGCAGAAGUUGGAGGAGGGAUGCGGGGGGGCGGAGGGGGACGUGACUGACGAAGACGAGGGGGCGGAGAUGUGCCAGAGAAUGAAGGCUGGUAACAGUGGAGAAGGAGCGGGGGAGGGGGGGCAGAAAAGUGGAGGGGUGGUGGUACUGGUAGUUAAAACCCUGACCCCUCCUACCACCCCUAAACGGUUCCAGCUCCUAAAGGAGCUCUCUGACUUGGUGACUCUGUGCAAGUCAGUACGUUUCACAGACUUCCAGAUGUCAUUCUCUAUCCAGAAACCCUGGGAGCUCUGCUCGUUCAAUGAGACCCUAGCGUUGCGCUGCGCCAGCGAGCGCCCAGGAGACUUUGUCAACUACAACAAGCGCUUCCUGUCGCGGGUCUACCCCAGCGCCAUGCGCAUCGACUCCAGCAACAUGAACCCACAGGACCUGUGGAAGUGCGGUUGCCAGAUUGUGGCUUUGAACUACCAGACGCCCGGGUUGAUGAUGGACCUUAACAUCGCCUGGUUCCGCCAGAACGGGAAUUGUGGGUACGUCUUGCGACCCGCCAUCAUGCGACAGGAGGUGUCGUAUUUCAGCGCCGAUACGAGAGACUCUGUGCCGGGUGUGUCCCCUCAGCUGCUCCAUGUCAAGGUGAUCAGUGGUCAGAACCUGCCCCGUCCGAGGGGUUCUGGAGCUAAAGGAGAUGUGGUGGACCCGUACGUCUACGUGGAGAUCCACGGAAUCCCUGCCGACUGUGCCGAGCGCCGCACCCGCACGGUGAUGCAGAACGGAGACCCCAUCUUUGACGAGAGCUUUGAGUUCCAGAUCAACCUGCCAGAGCUGGCCAUGGUGCGCUUCGUGGUGCUGGAUGACGAAUUCAUAGGGGACGAGUUCAUAGGUCAGUACACCAUUCCCCUGGAGUGCCUACAGCCAGGCUACCGGCACAUACCAUUACAGUCACUGAUGGGGGAGGACCUCCCGUACGCCAAGCUGUUCGUCCAUGUGGCCCUCACCAACCGGAGAGGAGGGGGAAAGCCCUACAAGCGGGGGCUGUCUGUGCGGAAGGCGAGGCGAGGGAGGGACUACGCUGCACUCCGGGACCUGGGGAUCAAAGAAGUGGACGAGGUUUUCAAAAUGGCCGGCCCGCAACUGAAGGAGGCCACGGACCUGCGGGAGAACAUGCAGAACUCGGUGGCAGUGUUCAGGGAGCUGUGUGGGGUGUCAGCGGUGGCUAACCUCAUGCAGUGUGUAUUGGCCCUGGGAUCCCGCGUGGUGGGGGCCGAUGGGGACCCCCUGAUGCUGUUUGAGCUGAGGGAGCAGUACCCCUCCAUGGAGCCCCAAGGGCCCCUGCCGGACGUCCUACGCAGGGUGGUCUCCACCUACGAAACGAUGAUCCAGGCGAGCAGAGCAGUGAUGGAGCUGUCAGACGGAGUCUACGACAGGAUCCUACAGAUACAGACAACAGCCAUGAAGUUCCAUGAGACGUUGCAUUCCAUUGCAGUGAAGGAGGGGCUUAAGGAUCGUAAGAUCACCAGAGCUGUGGAGAGUUUCAGCUGGAACAUCACCAUAUUGAAGGGGCAGGCAGACCUUCUGAAACGGGCUAUGACGGAGGUGCAGGAGAACAUGAAGCAGGUACACUAUGCUGCCCUGACCUCUAACCUUAGUAAGGGUGUGACAGGAGAGGCGACCCACCCCCGACGCAGCCUGGACACCAUCCAGGAGAGAGCUACCGCUCCGGCUAGAGGUUCCCCUUAGGUACAGGUCUAGGACCAGCUUACCCACCUCAAAUUAUAUAUUAAAUCAAAACGGGGGAAAUGUCAAAUCUGACCUUAGAUCAGUUUCUAAGGGCACCGUCAUCCUUCUGAGGAUCGGCAGGUUGGCCAGAACUGACAACCAAGUUGCUACACUCACUCAAAAGUGAAUGGCUCCAUCUGCAUCUAACCCGGUUAGGGGCUGUUGGAGUCUAGUUGGCCAUUCUCUCCACACAACGACGAAGAGAAGAUGGACUAAAACAAUGGAAGAACAAUACUCCUGUUACACCUCUGUCAGGAGGGAGGAGUCAAAGACACUGGAGAGGAAGUCAGACGAGAGGAGUGGCCUGUCCCUGAAUGUCGCUGGAAAUAGAUUUUUAAUCCUACUCUCUUUCGGGAGCUGGAUUCAAUCUGUGUCGCCGAGUUAUCGAUGAAGAUCCGUUUUAAAAUGUUUGAGCCGACAUACAGUAUGAAGCGACCGCGGGAAUAUUGACUUUAAUUGUUGAUCGAGCUAUAAAAGCGUCUCUUCAGCACUAUGGAUUGAAUGGAGUCCUUGUUUUUUGUUGGGGGGAGUGGAGGGCUUUCAGGGCGAUCAAAACUACAGAACAAUGUGAAACUGAAUGAGACCGAAGUGAUAACUUACGUGUGGGAGGAGGCUGAUUCAGAAUGUGUGAAUUGUGACUGCGACCAAUAAAAUAUGCUAUUUAGCAGACAAGUUUAUCCAAAGCGACCUACAGUAGUGCAUGCAUACAUUUUGUUUUUGUAUGGGUGGCCUCAGCGGGAAUCAAACCUACGAUCCUGAAGUUGCAAACACCAACUGAGCCACUUCAGCUUCUCCAGCCGGGUACAGAGGAACAAAAGAAUGUGUCUGUCUGCAGGUUCACUCCCUUGUACUUGACUGAUGAAUUAAGGGUGCUGAUUAGUAAGGAACUCCCCUCACCUGUGGAUAUUGGUGGGACAGGGUUACUGACUCAACUGUAUGAUCAAAAACAGUAUUUCAAGUACUCCUUCCAUAGCACCUUGACCAAUGCUUUUCUAGGUAGUUGUGUCACACUUUACAGUAUUAUCCUCAUUCUGUAAAAUGUUACUGGAUUUUUACAAAAUGGUGACUUCCGAUAAUAAAAUAAAAACACAUUCCUGACACUGAUGUCCUCCAUGGUUUACCGUCAGAUAGCGUGACGAAUCAGCCUGCUCCGAGCAUCACGUAGACUCCACCUGUCGGAAGACAAUUGUUGUCCUCUUGAAAACCUGGAUGCUGUAGGAUGAUUCCUUGUUUCGUGGUAAAUUGACAUCAAUAUCCCCUUCAAACCAUAUCCAUUACAUUUUCAUUACCAGAACCAACCAGUAAGCAAAUAAACCCGUUACUUCAAUCAUAAAACCCUGUUUUUUUACACACCACUUUGACCAUUUGCUCGACUGAUAGCCAGCUGGCCACACAUGCAGUCAACAGAGAAACAGAAAACCAGGGCCUGACAUCCAAGAGAAGCCAAAGUAUUGGAUAUCCACUGGCAUUUUAAAAUGUCACUUACAACAGUGGAGGCUGCUGAGGGGAGGAAGGCUCAUAAUGGCCAGAAUGGAAUCAAGCACUCUAUAUUCCAGCCAUCAAAUCCCAUUGCACUCCAUUCCAGCCAUCAAAUCCCAUUGCACUCCAUUCCAGCCAUCAAAUCCCAUUGCACUCCAUAUUCCAGCCAUCAAAUCCCAUUGCACUCCAUUCCAGCCAUCAAAUCCCAUUGCACUCCAUUCCAGCCAUCAAAUCCCAUUGCACUCCAUUCCAGCCAUCAAAUCCCAUUGCACUCCAUUCCAGCCAUCAAAUCCCAUUGCACUCCAUUCCAGCCAUCAAAUCCCAUUGCACUCCAUUCCAGCCAUCAAAUCCCAUUGCACUCCAUUCCAGCCAUCAAAUCCCAUUGCACUCCAUUCCAGCCAUCAAAUCCCAUUGCACUCCAUUCCAGCCAUCAAAUCCCAUUGCACUCCAUUCCAGCCAUCAAAUCCCAUUGCACUCCAUUCCAGCCAUCAAAUCCCAUUGCACUCCAUUCCCAGCCAUCAAAUCCCAUUGCACUCCAUUCCAGCCAUCAAAUCCCAUUGCACUCCAUUCCAGCCAUCAAAUCCCAUUGCACUCCAUUCCCAGCCAUCAAAUCCCAUUGCACUCCAUUCCAGCCAUUUAUGAGCCGUUCUCUUAUCAGCAGUCUCCACUUAUGAGCAUUGUUUUCCCUUCACUGCAUGUUGUUAGUGUUUUUAGUUAGCAUUGCUAAU